ACAUGGCGGCUAUGCACUGGCUUGAUAUUUUGGAAAAAGAAUUCGACAAAGCUUUUGUGGAUGUGGACUUACUACUUGGGGACAUUGACCCAGACCAGUGUGAACUCACUUAUGAGGGAAGACAGAAGAUGACCGCUUUGAGUGCUGCGUUUGCUCAGCUCUGUCACAAAGCGCAGACGAUUUUCCAAAAUAAUGCCAAGUUGGAGGCUCAGGUAAUGAAUUUAAGAACUGACUGCUGUGAAGUAAGAGCUACAAAGAAUGUGUUAGAAAAAGAACUUCAUAACCAACUACUACAAUUACAUGCUGUGCAGCUUCAACUACAUGCUAAAUCAGGACAAAAUGUAGACUCUGAUGCCAUCAAAGCAAAACUACAAAGAGUGGGAAAAGGAAGAAAUCCAAAGGAAACAUUUGACGUCGGUGAGUUACCAGCCGAACGUACCACGGACACCGGUGAUAAUAGUUCACUCAGGAAAAGGCGUAAAAAGAAAAAGAACAAACGCAAGUCGGAGACUGUCUUCUCUGUCAAUGAACAUGCGAUUACAGAAUUCCACGAGAAAAAAGUUAAAGAAAACAUAAAGAGUAAAUCAGGUUUUACCAGACCCAGCCCUGUGUAUAACAAGUUGUUAUUGCAAAGGGACCUAUCUGGUUUAAUUAUAGAGAUGGUUUGGCAUGGUUUUUUCAAUAUUGUUAGCAAGAACCUGAAGGGACACCAUGGAAACCAGUGUGAAACAGUUGAAGCAGCAAGCACAAGCGAACUAAGUAUUGAGGAAGAGCAGGCACUCAGAUAUUUACAUUCCCUACAACUUAAAGAAAUAUAUGUCAGACGUGACAACAUCAAAUGCCGGGCCUACAUUGCAAUCCCAGACGAUACGAGGAAUGACUCUCAAAAUGUCAUGGAUAAAGCAGUUGGUUGCUAA